AUGGAUGUUGACCCUCUUUCUGCCUAUUAUGACUCUGACCUAGGGGAAGGCGAAUGGAAAGCAAGCGAGGAGCAAAAGAGCCGGGAGGAAGAAGAUGAAUCGGAGAGAACACCGGUAGCGAAACUCGUUCCCCAAGAAAUGGAAAGGGAGGGGAUAGAUCUGAACGAAACGGCUAGAAAGAAAGUCCUUAUGACUGAUGAGAAGUUUGAGGAGCUUUUGAACGAGGUAACUAGGAUGGAAGAUGGCACUGCCAAGAUGGCUGAGGGUCUGGACCUCGCAUCGGAGGCAAUAGGAGAGAGUGAAGAAGCUGGUACAAGGAACGGCCCAGAAGGCCUAGCCCACCAACCAGUAGACAAGGUGGAAGAGAAACAGACCGAAGAGGAAGAGCUGAAGUCGGUGACUCCCCAGCCAGAAGUAUGGGAGAGUGAUACACAAAUCGAGGAGAAGGAUACCGAGGUACAACCAGCGGAACCAGAGCAGGUGGUACCACCAGUAUUGAAACCGAAAGUAGUUAAAAGAAAAUUGGUGUUGAAAGGUGAUCCAAAGGCAGAACGGCUGAAGCCAAAGAGAAUAUCGCAAAGAUGCCUCGGGAAAUGGACAUCCAGCAAGGCAGGAGCAAACACGGCAGCAAAUGCAUUGGAAAUCUCUAGUGAAGAAGACAGGGCUACUCCUACAAAACCUGGGGAUGAAUCCUUGUCGGCUACCAACUUGAAAGAUGCCUCGACAGCAACCGAGGUGGUCUCACCCACGCCGAGUGACCAGAGAGAAGAAACUGACACGAUGGCUGAGGGUCUGGACCUUGCAUCGGAGUCAGUAGGUCACCCAGAGCCAGGAGAUGACAGUACCCAUAUCCGCUUGGAGACCCAGUCUACUGCCCAGAAGGAGCCUUCAACACCAACAGAUGAGAGACCGGAGGAAAAUGAAGACGGAGAUGAGGACAGAUACCGCAAGGAGAGGAAAAGGAAGGGGAAAGCCCCUGUUAAGAAGAAACCAAGCAGCAAGAAGCAACGCACGGUCAACACCGGCAUCGCCAUCACAGAGUCAGAUCAGAGAGCCCCACCGCGCCGAAAGGAGCCGAGUGACAGUGAGUAUACCGCAAGUGAAGAAUCGGGGUCAGAAAGCGACGUCUCCCUAGAGGACGAGGAGUAUGGCGAGAAGCAGCUCCCACACAACCAUCGAGAGUUGAUGCAUCCUCCCGUGGAAAGAUUGAAGUACCGACGUUGGAAGGUGGAGCUCACUGACGAGCUAAUAGAAGACAUGAAGCAUUUCAGCACUAAAAAGCUUCAGGAUGCGUUUGAUGACAAGGACGAUGGCACCAAGUAG